AUGACAUCUCUCUUGCUACGUCCAUCACUGCGUCUAUUGCAACCCCAGCGUUCAUUACGCUUUCCACUUCUCUAUAAACAGCCGACAGCAUUUACUUCCUCCAGCAGCAAUACUAGUGCUACGUCAGAGUUCACAUCAUUACAACAAGCUUCGCUGGUUUUGGCUGCCAUGUUUGGUGGCGGGUAUGCUAUUGGGUAUUUUUUCGGGCCCUUCCCGUCUCUCGAAGAUCUCAUGGGAGUUAAAGUUAUUGGAGGAGCUUCGAAAUACAAGGGAGAGUUGCUCGUGACAGACAAGGUGUUCUUCGACAUUGGCAUUAACGACGAUUAUGUGGGGAAAAUUGUGAUGGGGUUGUAUGGAGAAGUGCAACCUCGGAUGGUCGAGAACUUUCGAGCAUUGUGUACGGGAGAGAAGGGUGCAUCGCGUGCAGGACCACCAUUGUGGUACAAGGGCUCGAGCUUCCACCGCAUCAUCCCCGGCUUCAUGAUUCAGGGCGGCGACUUCACCCAGCAUAAUGGACGUGGUGGCGAGUCUAUUUACGGACGUCGCUUUGACGACGAAGACCUGAAUGUGCCUCAUGGAGGCCCUGGGACGCUGAGUAUGGCGAACGCUGGCACGAAUACUAACGGAAGCCAGUUCUUUAUCUGUACGGGCGAUACGCCGUGGUUGGAUGGCAAACACGUGGUAUUCGGACGUGUGCUAGAGGGUAUGGAUGUUGUGGACAUCGUUUCGAGCUGCGGAAGACGUUCUGGGAAACCCAAGGCUGAAGUCAAGAUUAUUAACUGCGGUGUACUGGAUGCGAACGCGGCUAGCGAAGAAAUGCAGGAUCGGCUCGACUCGCUGCGCGAGGUGGAGGGAAACUUCCGGGCGCAAAAGGACCAGAUUGACUCCACCAUGUAUGAACAGCUGAUGCUAGAAAUCAAGCAUGAGAAGCUGCGUAUAAAGAAGGAGCUGGAGAAACCGCCGUCUGGAGAGGAAGCUACCUAA